CUAAAAAAUUUGACCGUUGGAAUUGAAGAGUCGCCUCCUCCCCCUCUCAAUAAAGAGCCCUUUCUCUCUCUUUCUCUCGCGUUCUUGUUCUCUUUCUCUGAGCCUCUCUCUCUAAGAGGAGUACCGAGACCAAAAAGGACGAGCAAGAAGAAAGUAGAAAGAAGAUGGCGACGAGGCCAGUUGUCCCGCAACCGAUCAGAGGCGAUCCGGUGGUUGGUGGAGAGAAGAUGCAGAAGAAAAACGCGGCUGUGGGAAGGAACCGUCGAGCUCUUGGCGACAUUGGUAAUCUGAAUUCUCUUCCAGGAGUUGAAGCUGGUAAACCCCAACAGGCUCCGACCAACCGUCCCCUGACACGUAGCUUCUGUGCUCAGCUACUGGCAAAUGCACAGCAAGCUGCAGGGAAAAAGCAAAUGAAUGUAGACAAGGCUUCCAUUCUAGAUGGAGGCCAGGCUGUUAACAAGAGACCCGCUGCUCAAAGGGUGGUUCAGAAGAAAGCACCAGUUGUUGCUAAGCAGACAAAAGCAACUGAAGUGAUCGAGAUAAGUCCUGACACAAAUGAAAAGGUAGAAGAUGACAAAGAGAAGGCCCUCCCUUUGGAGAAGAAAAGUGCUCAGAAGAAAGUGACGUACUCCUCGGUUCUCAGUGCCAGAAGCAAGGCAGCAUGUGGGAUAAGCAACAGACCCAAGGAGCAGGUUCUUGAUAUCGAUGCUUCCGAUAAAGACAACGAUCUUGCUGCUGUUGAAUACGUCGAGGACAUGUACAAAUUCUACAAGGAAGUUGAGAAUGAAAGCCGGCCUCAAAUGUACAUCCACACGCAGGCAGAGAUCAACGAGAAGAUGAGAUCGAUUCUGGUCGACUGGCUUGUAGAAGUUCAUUUCAAGUUUGAGCUUUCCCCUGAAACAUUGUACCUAACGAUCAACAUAACUGAUCGUUUCUUGUCCGCAAAAACCGUCCCCAGAAGAGAAUUGCAGCUCGUGGGCAUCGCCGCCUUGCUCAUGGCUUCCAAGUACGAAGAAAUCUGGCCUCCUCAGGUUAACGAUUUAGUUUACGUCACAGACAAUGCAUACAGCAGUGAACAGAUUCUAGUGAUGGAGAAAACCAUACUUGGAACUCUCGGAUGGUACUUGACUGUUCCGACACAAUACGUGUUCCUCGCUCGGUUCAUCAAAGCUGCCAUUUCUGAUCCAGAGAUGGAGAAUAUGGUGUACUUCCUAGCAGAGUUGGGUAUGAUGAAUUACGACACGCUGAUGUUCUGCCCCUCCGUGCUAGCAGCUUCAGCGGUCUAUGCAGCGAGGUGUUCCCUGAACCGGAGUCCUGCUUGGACCGAAACCCUAAAGUUCCACACCGGCUACUCAGAAUCUCAGCUCAUGGAUUGCUCAAAGCUUCUAACUUUCAUCCACUCGAAGGCCGAGGAAAGCAAACUACGUGCCGUGUGGAAGAAGUAUUCGAGGUCCGAGAGGGGAGCUGUUGCUUUGGUUGCACCAGCCAACUCUCUCUUGUCUGGUUCUGCUGAUUCUCUUGUGAAGUCUGUCUAAGCUUCUAGACAACUUCUCUAUGGACGACAGUAAACAUCAAAAACUCAACUUCUGUAUAGAAAAUGUAACCUUUGGCUCUUUUUUUAUUUUUUUUUUCUGGUCCGAGAAACAUGUUUCUAUGAAUUCAGAGUAGCAAUGAUGAAUUCUUUUGCCGUUUUAAGACCAUCA